AUGAAGGUUCUACAGGCUGUACUUCUACUUGUUGCCCUCGUUGGCAGCGGGUUGGCAGGACCCAUUUCGAUGAAUAACAACAACAUUGGCGACAUCGUGAAGGUGGACGUGGAAGCUGAAGUGGACAUUAAAAGCGAAAUUAACGUAGAGUUGGUCAAUGUGAUUGCGGAGCUUUUGCUUGAAAUCCGUGAUAUUCACGUCAACACCUGCAGUUCGUCACCAUCAUCGUCAUCUGAGGGUACCUCCGAGGAGACGUCAGAGGAAACUUCUGAGGAGACGUCAGAGGAAACUUCCGAAGAGACCUCAGAGGAAACUUCCGAAGAGACCUCAGAGGAAACUUCUGAGGAGACGUCAGAGGAAACUUCUGAGGAGACGUCAGAGGAAACUUCUGAGGAGACGUCAGAGGAAACUUCUGAGGAGACUCUGGCACGGUCGCUUGCGCAAUCCAAACCGAAAGGCUACAAUGCGCCCGGUCUGACGCAGAAGCAGAAGGAGAAGCUCUGGCGUAAACAUGUCGAGAAGCUGGUCCAACGGCACAUUACCGCCCGCAAGUCGCGCGCCGGCGCUAGGGCGUGA